CGAGAAGAGGCUCAGUGGCGCGAAUAAACAAGAGCGUAUUUCUUCUGGUUGUUAGUUUCCCUCUGUUUAAUAUAGUCGAAUUAAGCGCUUUUAUUUAUUUUUAGGCUGUUCGAACUAAUAAUAUAAUCUGGAAGACACAUUUCCAAGCUAUUCGCGUUUAGGUAGCGGACUUUUCAGAGCAGAACAAUGUCGGACGCUUUGUCCGAAGACGGCAGCGACAUCAACCAAGAUGACAGCCAGGAGGAUGUUAUGACUCCUGCGGAGCUCAUCGCCAAACUGGAGGAGGCCUGGCUGAAUGAAAAGUUUUCCCCGGAGCUGCUGGAGAACAAGUCAGAGGUGGUGGAGUGUGUGAUGGAGCAGCUGACUCAUAUGGAAGCUAACCUACAGCGAGUGAAGAAGGGCGACGCCAAGGCCGGCUUCCAUCGGAUGGAGAUAGACAGGAUUCGAUUUGUCCUCAGCAGCUACCUGCGAUCUCGUCUUCAGAAAAUUGAGAAGUUCUUCCCCCACGUCUUGGAGAGGGAAAAAUCUCGAGUUGAUGGACAGCAAUCUCUGCUUUCUCCGGAGGAGUUUGCCUUCGCCAAAGAGUAUUAUGCAAAUACAGAAACCUACUUAAAGACUGUAGCGCUAAAACGCAUGCCUCCCAACCUGCAGACGGUGGAUAUGCUCAAAGCAGUCCCUGAACCAUGCCUGGACUCCUUUGUAUUUCUUCGGGUAAAAGAGAGGCAAGAAAAUAUUCUGAUCGAGCCGGAAAGUGAUGAACAGAGAGACUUUGUUGUGGAUCUUGAAGAGGGCUCCCAGCACCUGAUGCGGUACCGCACCAUAGCGCCACUGGUCUCAAGUGGAGCAGUCCAGUUAAUUUGAACACUAACAGCCCAGUGAAACGGAAAGGAGAGCUAUAUCAGCAUUUAUCACAUCAGGGAACGUAAAGCUGCCGCCUGCAGUGGAGAAUGUCUGUCACACAAGUACAGAUGUGUCUGUGACACGGCAGCCUCCAGAAACGACGUGGAAGGAAGACGGCACAAAUCCUGUCCGGGCUCGUUUUUUUUUUCUGAUGUUAUUUUGGGAUCGUUUUAAUCAUGAGAGCUGAAGUGUUUUUAUGUGAUAAGGUAGUUGUCUUACACACCAAAAUAUUGUCUGCUAUUUUAUCACUGUCUUUCUCUUCAUCAGUAUAUUAUUGUAAAUCCACAUCAUUAUUGGACCUUUUUCUCUGUUGCUUUAUAACAGGAUGUAUUCUGUGACCUGAAGGGGAAAUGUUCAGUUCACUUGACAUCAGGUCCUGCCUUUUUACAUGUUUUUUUUUUUUUUUGCGUUUCUCUCAUAGACAUUGACUCAUGCAUCUGCAAGUUGUUUUUGAAUGAAUUGAAAUCCUGCAAGUGUUCAUGCAGUGCAUGAUAACGUCAUCUUUCAAAUACAUAUAUGUGCGUCCCAGCUUCAGUUGAAUUAACAUAGUCAUCUCUGAGCUGUAAUUACUAAGGCGGCGUUGUUACCUAAGUGUGUCAGAGGGUGCAAUCAGUGCUUAUUGUUUGCCCUCACUCUAAUUGCCUCAGCAGCUGCAGCCGAUAAGGCUUUUUUAAAAGCAGAGCUGCAUGACAGCUCGCUGCACUUCUGAUCCGAAAGCUGCACCUCUGUGAUGGGUUUUUGCAUUUUUUGUAAAGUGGAAUUAAAAUAAUUCAAUGCUUUCAAAAAUUUUU